AUGGGUAUCCUUGCUCCCAAAGAUCUCUCCUCUAACCCUGCCCCUCCACAGGUCUACAACUGGAGGGUCUAUGCGUUGGCAAUCUCUGCGGCGAUGGGAUCGUCGAUGUUUGGAUAUGACUCCUCCUUCAUAGGAGGGUCAUUGGCUCUCCCGUCCUUUCGAGAGCGGUUUGGACUGGCCGAUGCCAGCUCGAAGAAAAGAUCUGACCUGUCGGCGCAUAUCGUCAGUACCUUCCAAGGUGGCUGCUUCUUCGGCGCCAUCUUUUGCUACAUCAUCAGCGAGCGGAUCGGCCUGAAGAAGACUCUGAUGCUCUGUGGUGCCCUCUUCGACAUCGGCACUAUCUUGCAAGUUGCGAGCACUGGUCAACUCGGCUUGAUCUACGGGGGCCGCGUCUUGACUGGUCUUGCUGUGGGAGCCUCGUCUUUGAUUGUCCCCGUCUAUAUUUCCGAGUGUUCUCCGCCCGCCAUCAGAGGGCGUUUGAUCGGCAUUUUUGAAAUCGUCCUGCAAUUGAGCCAGAUUGUCGGCUUCUGGGUCAACUACGGCGUCAACAAGAACAUCUCCGCCUCGGACGACGCACAGUGGCGGAUUCCGUUUGCCCUUCAGUUCGUCCCGGGCACACUCCUUGUCGUUUUGAUGGCUCUGCAACCCGAAUCACCACGAUGGCUGGCGAGUAAAGGGAAAUUCGCCGAGGCGCAACACAUCUUGUCGGUUCUCCGGCGAUGCCCCGAGGACCACGAGUACCUCGCUUGGGAACUUACCGCCAUUCGGUCGCAGAUCGAGGCUGAAAACGCCGAGAGCGCAACCAGCCUGGUCGCGAAGCUGAAGGAAAUCUAUAGCACCAACGUCCGCACACGCCUUCUCAUUGCCAUGGCGCUGAUGAUGCUGCAAAACCUUAGCGGAAUCAACGCGCUCAACUACUACUCGCCCACCAUCUUCAAGUCAAUCGGCUUCACAGGGACCAACGUUGGCCUCCUGGCCACCGGAGUCUUUGGCAUUGUGAAGGCCACUAUGACGACCGUUUUCAUGCUCUUCCUCGUCGACCGCUCUGGAAGACGUCCUGCCAUGUUGGUUGGAUCUGCCGGAGCCAUCGUCGCCAUGUACUAUCUCGCCGGCUACACCAAACUGUCGAACUCGUUCAACGAGACGCCUCCCAAGGAUGGCGGUGCGUACGUUGGCAUUGUAAUGGUCUAUAUUUUCGCCAUCUUCUAUGCGAUAUCGUGGAAUGGUAUUCCUUGGAUCUUCUCGGCCGAAGUCUUCCCCAUCGAAGUGCGCCAGGUCUGCUUGGUUUUCACGACUUGUACUCAAUGGCUUGGCCAGUUCAUAAUUGCCUACUCCACACCCUACAUGAUCACAGGGAUCGAGUACGGUGUUUUCUUGUUCUUCGGAACUUCCGUGGUCAUUGGCGUCACGUUUGUUUUCUUCUUCUUACCAGAGACGAAGGGGGUCGCUCUGGAAGAUAUGGAUGUCAUGUUCAACGUCAAGGGCUGGGCCUGGCAAAAGAGAAAGGAGACGGAUCGCAUCCUUGCCGAGAGGCGCUUGCAGCUGCAGAAUGACAACGUCAUUGUCGUUGAGAAGUUCGAUCAUGCUCAUCUGGAGGGAAACCGCGCCGAGGAUGAGGUAUGA